CUUCAGACGGAACAGCUGGGAGAUAAAGCGAGCGAGCGACGCGCACUCAGCGAUUUCACUGUCCUUUCUGUGUCUUCAGGGGUACAGAAGCAUCGGAAACUAGAGGACUAGUUAGUUUAAACUUAACGCCCGUACCUGGAAGAUAAAACCGUGGUGAGGGUCCCGGAGGAACUAAAGAAAGAAAGAGAGAGAGAGAGAAGAGAGAGAGAGAGAGAGUGAGCGCGCACAGCAGAGCUGUCCAGUGCUGAGCGCGCGCCGCCGCGAACGGGAACUGUCCAGUGCUGAAGUUGCAUUUCUGCCGAGAGCAUCGCGGCGUCGCGCUGCAUCAACACACACACGCAUUCAGGGUCUGCCGAUACCCUGCGCUGGCAUCCGAGUCUCGGCAUUACCGAGGAGAGGAACGACACACACACACACACACACACAAAAACAACAACAACAAAAUAAGAAAGACGUUUUUGUCCUCCAGUGUUGCACUUGCAUGAGGAAAGCAGACGAUUCGACCGGCGGACGAGUGUUUUCUCCUUCAGCGUAAAACAUGCCAAGGUCUUUCCUGGUCAAAAAGGUGAAGCUUGAUGAUUUCUCAUCCUCUGAUCUUGAGAGCUCCUAUGGCAGAUCCAGGGCAGACAUCAGCCUGCGCUUUCACGAGAAAGCCUACAUCAGUGACUACAUGACCCCGGCCCCGUAUGAUGGAGAGAGCGACAGCGGUAUCAAAGUGCCCUCUCCGGGACCCAUCUACGACAGCAUCCACAGUGAUUACGGAGCGCCGGACUCGGACCAGCCGGACAGCCCGCAGUCGGAGAUCUCCUCAGGCUACAUCAACGGAGACACGGCGGUCAGCGAGGGCUACACGGUGGACGCCUUUUUCAUCACGGAUGGACGCUCGAGGAGAAAAGCCAUCAGCAGCCCUAGAACAAUCCAGAGGCACACGUGCAACGAGUGCGGGAAGACCUACGCCACGUCUUCCAACCUGAGCAGACACAAGCAGACGCACCGCAGCCUGGACAGCAAAAUGGCCAAGAAGUGCCCGACCUGCGGGAAGGUUUACGUCUCCAUGCCGGCCAUGGCCAUGCAUCUGUUGACCCACGACCUCAAGCACAAGUGCGACAUAUGCGGGAAGGCCUUCAGCAGGCCGUGGCUUUUACAGGGACACAUGCGCUCGCACACAGGCGAGAAGCCCUUCGGAUGCGCACACUGCGGGAAGGCCUUCGCUGACCGCUCCAACCUGCGGGCGCACAUGCAGACACACUCGGCCUUUAAGCACUACAAGUGCAAGAGAUGCAACAAGACCUUUGCUCUGAAGUCCUACCUGAACAAGCACUACGAGUCGGCCUGCUUCAAAGGAGCCUUUGCUCCCCUGAGCCCCAUGGAAGUGUGAACAAAACACAGUGGAUUAAUCGCAUGUACCUUAAACUUCUUUCUUUUCUAACUGUACUCUUUCUCCCGCUGUUCACAGAGUCCAAAUUCACCCCUGUUUUGCCAAAACUCAGAGGACAUUGAAAAUGUCUUUGUUUCUCUCGAAAGGUCAAACCUUUUCUAAGUAUUGGAUAAUAUUGUACUGCUGCCAGUGGCCACAAAAGCGUUCAGCAUUGAGGUAAAACUAUUUACUCAUUGACUUAUUUAUUUAAGUAUUUCUAUAUUUAUUUAUUGAUUGAUUUGUUUCCUACAAGCUGUGUAAGUUUGCACUUUAAUUUAUCCUUCAGUUGCCAAGCCUUCGUCAUCAAUAUGCCAAAGCAUUUGCCACUUUCUGAAUAUCUUAUUUUUUUGGUUGCCACUUUAUUAGUAGAAAUUUGUUGCAUGCAAAAAAAGAACCGAAAAGAAAAAGUACUACUACUACUACUACUACUAAUGGAAUCUAUGCCAAUUUUAUGAAGCUUUGGAUUUUUCUGCCAAAACCUAGAUAGCAUCCGUCGGCAAUAUUUCUCGGGAGUCAUGAUGAAGAAUAGAGCAAUAAUGCAUGGUAUUUUUAAAAGCUAAAUCGAGUAAUAACUAUAGCCUUUUUAAUCACGAUUUUAUCCAAUACUAUCAGUAGUCAUUCAGAAGUUAAAUAUCAGGGAAAUGCCAGAGUAGUAUUAGCGGAUACUUCCACGGGACGGGACGGGGUGGGGGAAUGGGGUCCUUUUGUAAGUGGUUAUGCACUGCCUGCCUCUUAUUUAAUAACGUAGUUUUAGAAAGUAGGAUGGCUCUGCGCACAAUUCCGGAUCAUUUGCUCCAAUUCUGGAACGGUGCAAACGCUGUUGUAGGAGAUCAUACGUGCUGCUGCAACACGGACAGCAGAGCUGUGUUUGAAAAGCACUUCCUUGUGAACAGUUUUUGAAACAACAAGACAAAUAUAUAGUAGCACAAAACCUUAGCAAUUCAGGUAGACAGGCCUUGUAUUAGUCGAACCUCUGUUUUUGUAUUUCACGGACAAGGAGAACAAACUGUUUAAUGCAAGACGCCUUGUAAAUAAUCCUUUGGAAUUGAAUAUUUCUACAAGCUCUGUAAAGAAUCGAAUGAACUUAUUUCUGGACUUCCCUGGGUUUUUUCCUCCCAGCAUUUGAACAAUGUAAAGCACAAGAACAACAACAACAAAAAAAAAACACACCGGGCAUUUUCUCACUUCAUAAUAAAGAACCAAUAAGUACCUCCGUGUUUGUGGUCCUGUUUGUUUGAGCUCGAACGUGCUGACUCAGAGACUCCAGUAAGUGUGCUGUGACGUCAGUCCGGUGACGCGAUGUUUGUGGUGCAUGAUGUGUCAGAAAGCAACUCUGAGAGGCUCGUGCAUCGCUCUCUUUUGAAACCGCGGGAUUCAAAGCAUGCUUUCAUCUCAAUUAAAUCCUUGACUGACGCCUUUGUUACACACGAUUGAAUAUCAUCCGCAUUGUGUUCACAAGGAGCUCUUGAGAAAAAAAGGAGAGCAUAUGAUCAAAGAGAAGGAUCCCAUGCUUUCCGGAAGGAUCCCCCAUAUGCUUUGGCAAAUAUAGCAGUGGCAUUAUGGUUCUUAGAGUAUGGUUUAAUGCGUUUUGCAGCGGUAACCUUGAAACAUGAAGGAAUUCGGCUGUCAGCUUUCUCCAGAUCCCAGCAGAGUUCUUAUCAACCGGGACUAAAGCACUUCAGAGUGGCUCCUGCUGACUGAGACUGAACAACAGAUUCAUUAAUGGAGCUUCUGCUUUUACAUAUCAAUGCCUGACCCUGGUCCUGCUGCUGAAAGCAUGCACAGGGGCCGACGUCUUUCAAACUGACGUGAAUUCGGUUAAUUCCUCUUCAAGGUAACAUUGAGAA